AUGUCAAUUGUCACUGUCAGACAUUGUCUGAAAUUUGUGUUGUGCGAUGUGCUAAACUUCCGUAUUUUAUAUUCAUAACGUAGACAGGAAUGUCUCAUAAACAAAUAUAGUGUCUGAAGACUGUAUACCUUGUUGUCUGGUUUCGUUUUACACCAUAACAAUGAGUGCUCAAGCAGAAGAACCAGCAACGGCUCCCAAACAGCUGUCUUUUGCUGAGAAACAAGCGGAACGCAUGAAAAGACUGCGAUCAUUGCACACUGCCAGAAACGAAGCGAGGACACACAACCACCAAGAAGUGGUUGCUGAGGAGGCUCGGAACAAGCUGCCGCCGAACUACGAGGCCAAGCGACGACAAGCUGAAUGGCUGCUCGACGACCAAGCAAAGCGUCAAGACGCAGAGAAAGCAGGGAAAGAUUACGACAGAGUGAAACUACUAAACAUAUCAGCAGUAGAGGCUGAGCGACUCGAACGUAAAAAGAAGAAGAAGAAUCCUGAUGAAGGAUUCUCCACAUAUGAACAAGCUACUGUGAGGCAAUACAACAGGCUGGUUAAAAAUAUGCCAGCGGCUGAUAUGGAACAGUAUGAGAAACAGAAACAGAAGUAUGGCGAUGCUUUCUAUGGUGGACCUAAUGUUAUCAUUCAUGGGAUGCAUGAGGAUCGGAGAGAAGCUGUUGACAAGAUGGUUGAUGACCUGGAAGGCCAGAUUGCCAAGAGAGCUCGCUACUCUAGGAGACGCACACACAAUGACGAUGCAGACAUUGAUUACAUCAAUGAGAGAAACGCCAAGUUCAACAAGAAACUGGAGAGAUUUUACGGAGAGCAUACAGCAGAAAUUAAACAGAAUUUGGAGCGUGGUACUGCCAUUUAGGUGUCGUAAGCUGCAUAUAGUUAUGGCACUAAAUUUUACAUAAUUCAUCACACAUAUCUAUUGUUAGGAAGGUGAACAUGUAGUUUGGCAAUUUUUUGCUCCAAAUAUUCUCAGUAGAUGUUAAAAAUCUGAUACUUCUUUAAAUGAACCAGCACUGAAGUACUUACUCUCUUGUUGAAAUGCAAGAUCAUUGUGUUCAUGGUUUUAGAAGUACCUAAAUAAUGAUGCAUUGUGCGUAGAUAGGUUGUAUGUUUAUCUAGUUUUAGUUAGGUCCUAAUUUAUUGUUAUAUUGAUUGAAUAUUGGGUAUAAAUGUAGAGAGGCACAGAUUGUUUCAAGUCACUGAAUUACUGUAUGUAGAUAUGUACUUAUACACCUAUAUUGAAAGGAGUUUGAUUGCUUUUAGAAUGUGUAGUUGAAGCUGGAAUUUUUUGUGAUAUUUACCUAUGUAUUUUUCUUCUAACAAUAUAUUUACAUUAUUUACAUCAAAAUUCAAAAUUUUUAUUUCAAAUAGACCAAAGCAAAUUACAAUGUAAAGAAAACAAAAUGUCUGUCUGUCAGAUGGAAAUACCAUUCCUCUAGUGUAGCUUUUACUUCUUUUCUUUUUUAUUUUUCUUUAAUUUCUACAUCCUGUGUCCUGUGAAAGGGUUUCUGAUAUAGAUGCAUUUAGUGUUAGAAGAAUUUUGCAUAAAAUUAGCCUAGAAUCAGUAACCAACACUGCCAAAAUGUCUAGAAGUAAAACAAACAAAGUAAACAAUUUUCAAUAACAAGUUUAUUUUGAUAAAUGUGCCGAUUAAAUAUUAUGUACCAUAAUGUAUAUCAAAUAGAUAUUUUACAUUAAGUAAAUAUACUAUAAAAGCGCUAAA